AUGUCUGAUUUUGAGGAUGAUUUCGCCGCUUUGGUAAUUGACAACGGAAGUGGAAUGUGUAAGGCGGGAUUUGCUGGAGAUGAUGCACCACGUGCUGUGUUUCCUGCCAUUACUGGACGACCUCAUUAUGAUGUAUGUCACUCAAGCCUUGGAGCCAUUGAUUGUUACAUCGGUAAUGAAGCUCAGACCAAACGUGGAAUCCUUAGUCUUGAUUACCCAAUAGAGCACGGAAUUAUCACCAACUGGGACGACAUGGAGAAAAUAUGGCACCACAUUUUCUACAAUGAGCUCCAUUUAUCUCCCGAAAAUCAUCCGGUCCUGUUGUCAAAUCCACCGUUGAAUCCGAAGGCAAACACAGACAAAAUGGCACAGGUUAUGUUCGAAAAGUUUAACACGCCUACCUUAUACAUGGCGAUGCAGGCUGUAUUGUCUCUGUAUGCCUCAGGACGAACCACGGGCAUCGUGUUUGAUGCAGGGGAUGGUGUGUCACACGUGGUACCUAUCUACGAAGGUUACGCCCUCCCUCACGCCAUCAAACGUGUAGACUUGGCAGGUCGUGACCUCACAGCCUACCUUCAGAAGAUCCUCCACGAAAGAGGAUACAGCUUCACAACUUCAGCUGAGCAGGAAGUAGUGCGGGAAAUGAAGGAGAAGAUAUGUUAUAUUUCUUUGGAUUUUAAAAGUGAAAUGGAGUCCGCAGCAAAAUCGUCAGCUGUAAAACAAACAUACGAACUUCCUGAUGGACAGCUGAUUACGGUCGGUAACGAAAGGUUCCGGUGUCCAGAAGCACUCUUUCAACCAUCACUUCUAGAUCUGAACUUGCCAGGGUGCCAUACCCUUAUCUACGAUUCUAUCAUGUCAUGUGAGAUUGACAUUAGACGAGAUAUAUUUUAUAAUGUGAUUCUGUCAGGAGGAUCCACUAUGUGUCCCGGUUUUGCUGACAGAUUGACAAAGGAAAUAUCCACCAGACUCCCUGGAAAGAUCUUGUUAAAAGUAGUGGCGCCUCCGGAGAGGAAGUACUCCGUGUGGAUUGGAGGAUCUAUCAUUGGGUCUCUUUCCAAUUUCAGUGCGAUAUGGACAACGAAACAAGAAUACAUGGAGUGCGGACCUGGAAUCAUUCACCGGAAGUGCUUUUAG